AUGGCUAAAGUUCCUCGUAAUUUUCGACUUCUAGAAGAACUUGAAAAAGGCGAAAAAGGUCUCGGAGACAAUUCUUGUUCUUAUGGAUUGACUAAUGCUGAUGACAUUAGCUUGUCUGAUUGGAAUGCUACCAUAUUAGGACCUGCUCAUAGCGUCCAUGAAAAUCGAAUUUAUAGCGUAAAAAUACACUGUGAUUUUAAAUAUCCGGAUGCUCCUCCUCGUGUAACUUUUGUCUCCAAAAUUAAUUUACCUGGCGUUGACGCUGAAACUGGAGAGAUUAAUCCGAACAAAAUUGGUUGUCUUCGUCAUUGGAAACGAGAAUAUACGAUGGAAACGAUUCUUUUGGAGUUGAAAAAAGAGAUGGCAUCUCCAUCGAACCGCAAAUUACCUCAACCUGCUGAAGGUAGUACUUAUGAGUAG